UGAGAUGUGAAGAAGAAGAAGAAAAUAUCGUUUGUGUGUACAUCACGUGUGAUGUAAUUGUAAGUGAAUAUGUUUGAAAAUAAACAACCGCUACUACUCCUACUAAUAUUAUUAACUAUUAAGUGUCUAAUUAGAAGUAAAACCCGUUUUUAAACAGUUUUCUGGUUUUAAAUCUUCCACUAAAGGACACUGCUUCAGCUUUAGUGGGCACGGGCAAUAAUUAACCCAUUCUGUUCUCUGUCCUUCAACGGUCACAUGACGCUAAAGUCUGUUACCAUAACAACAGCUCACUGGUGUGUGUGGUUACUAUGGCGAUCUGACUGGUCUGUUUAACAUGGCUGUGUUUGUUUCUCAAGGUACUGGACCUUAAGCUCUAGGUGCAAAACUUUUAAAAACUUGCAUUUUAACCCGUUUCUUUGCAUCAAAUGUUUGAAGUUCCAACAAAACAUUUGGCGGGUUAAAAAGUUUAGCGAUGAGUUUUCAGCAGGAGCAACGUGGACUGUCCCCACGACUGGAAGCUGUGAUUCAGAAACUGGAGGAGUCUUUGCUUCCCCCAGAUGUCAGCACUGGAGAAAGACAUCUGACGCUUCAAGGUGAUCCACAGGCAUCUGGAGCAACACCUGUACCCAUCACCACUCGAAUAUUCCAGAUUAUCACCAGCAACCUGGCUGAGCAGCCAUCGGGUGUCAGCUCUGAGGUCGGUGGUGAGGAGACCAAGGCCCCGAGGGAGCAGCCGUCCACCAGCCUGAUGGACCGUGACCAGCCACCAGUCAAGCACACAGGUCUCACAGAGAGGCUGGAUGAAACGACGAUGCUGCAGCCAGCUGUGGACACGGACCAGAACACUCUACCACCUGGAUCCAUGCAAUAUCGAAGCAACAGAAGAAGACUUGUAAUCAGAGGCUGCAAGCCACCAGAAGGAGUCCAGAAGAACAGAGCCCAGGAGUUUAUAUUCCAGGUUCUCCAGUACAAGAACAGGUGUGGCGAACUUGAGGAGAAGGUCUUGGAGAAGACCUCAGCAUGUGAAAAGAUAAGAUUGUUGCUGCAGGCCCAGCUGGACUCGGCUGAGCGUCAGAAGCGUGUAGAGCAGGAUCUUCACGUUGUUUUACAGAAACAAUCAACUCAGCUGCAGGAGGAGCAAAGAAGGAGUACCAGCCUAAGCCAAGUGAACUCUGUACUCCGGGAACAGCUCGAUCAAGCUGCCACCAUCAACACGGAGCUAGCAGAGAGCCUGCGGAAGGCCCACAGGGACCUCGACUUGUGUGACACUCAUCUGCAGCGAGAGCAAGAGACGAGCGCCUCCCGGUCGAGCCGUGAACAGGCUCGAGUCAUCGCGCUGUGGCGCCAGGUCGCCUCUCUGCGGAGCACUUUUGCCCUGCUGAGGACUUUCACUGACAGAACUCUGUCUGAUAUGCGUGGUGAGUGUGUCGCUGUUAGUCGACAGCUCCGUGUUACGUGUCACAACUUUGAGGCGAGAGGAGCAGGAGGCGGGACCAGUAGAGGUGUGGAGACGUCAGCGCUGGACAUGCAGUUGAAGGUGAAGCUGAAGGAGACCAUGGGGCUGCAGGCUCUCUGGGAUGCAGAGAAAAUUGAACUGACCUCCAGAAUUAGUGAAUUAAGCGACACCUUGAAGCGCUUCCAGAGCCACAACAGUGAGAAGGACGUGAGCCUCCGCAGCAUGGAGAUCAGCCUGGACAGGAUGGAGACGAGGAGAGCAGAGGACAAAGCUGAACUGGAAGUCCUUCACGCAGAGAUUUCAGCUCUCCAAAAAAUUCUGUUCCUAAUUCAUCAGUUGGUCAGCAGCGAGGAGGAGACCUCUGAGACUACAUGUUCCUCUCAUGUCCACGGCCAGUCUCCACUGAGGAACGCCACCGUUAAGGCUGUCCAGAACGUGCUCUCCAAGCAUCGGGAACAAACACAACACCUACGAGCGUGUUUGGAAGCUGCUCUGCAGAAGGUGGACACCUUUCAGGAUCAGCUGAAGGAGAGGGAUGCUGAGAGGACAAAGGCUGAGCAGACGAUCCAGGAAAUCCAGAGGGAAAGUCAGGAAGCUAAAACGGCUCUGGAGGAAAAUCUCAAACGCAGCAGCAGAGAUCGCUGCACGCUGGAGCUCAUCUCCAAUGAGAAACGAGGCCUGGAGAAGCUUCUCUCCGGGCUGCAGCAGGAGGUGAACUCGCAGCGUGGUGAGCUGGAGGCACUACAGAGCUCAUUAUCGGACCUCCAGAGAGAGCGGGACCUCCUGCGGCAGCAGAGGGAGGACUUGGAGAUGCAACUAGCUCAGCAGGGCACAGAAGCCCAGAGACGGGAGAAGAGCGCGCAGCAACUUGAAGAAAAACACUCCAGUCUGCGCAAAGAACUCAUAACAGUGAAGGAAUCUUUGAGUCAAAUCAAUCUGGAGAAAGAGAUGUUGGAGGAGGACAAGGCUGCUCUGUCUCUGGCUCUAACCAAAAUGGAGGCCCAUCGUGCUUCACAGGAGCACGCUCUGACCAAACUCAAGCGUCAGCAGGCUGCUCUAAAAGAGUCUUUCACCAAAAUGGCUGACCUCAGUGAAGGUUUAGCCAAAGACAAGGUGGAGCUCAAUCGCGUUGUGCUGCAGGUAGAAAGUGAGAAGACGGAGCUUGAUAAACGGAGACGUGAGGCUGAGGUGGAGCGCACAGCAGCCAGAGAGGUUGCAGCACGGACACAAAGGGAAAUGAUGAAUUUCUUUGCUGAAAAACAAGCUCUGGAGAGCUCCCACAUUCAGCUACAAGAUGUCUGCCAGGGGCUGGAGGCAGAGCUGAGCCUCCUGCGGAAGGUGAAAGCUGAGGCCCUGGAGGAGAACUCCCAGGUCAAAAGGCAGAUGCAGACCCUUGAAGAAGAGCUGCGUGUCUGCAGGAAGGAGCUGGAAGCGUCGACCGCAGCUGCAAAGAGAGCUACCUGUGACAGAGACCAGCUGGCCAAGGACAAGGCCGCUCUGGAUGUCAGGCUCAACUCUGUUGACCGAAAGGCCAGCGGACUCGUGCAGGAGCUGCUGGCGCUGAGAACGGAGAAGGAAUCCCUGGAAACAGCUCUGUUUGAAAGCCAAGAGCUUUCCGAGUCACUGAGGGCUGAGUGCACCAGGUUGGAGGGCGAGAGGAGCAGCUUGAUCCAGGCUAACGAGUCCUUGACACAAGAUGCUGCUCAGGUGCGGGCGGAUGCUGAACAGCACCUGAAGCAAGCUGCAGAACAGCGAAGGGAGGUGGAGGAGGAGCUGGCCGAGGCGGAGAGGAAGGCCCUGCUGAUGCUGAACAACAUGAAACAAACACACAGAGACGAGCUGGAAGCUGAACGCCAGAGAAAGGAUCAGCAGUAUGCGGGGCUGCUGUUUCAGAGGGAGCAAGCUGAGGAGCAGCUGCGUAGACGGUGUGAGGAGCUGCGUGCACACAAUCAGAAGGAGCUGCAGCAGGCACAGGAAGAGCAGGCCAGGCUGCAGAAGGAGUUCAACCAAAGCCUCCUACAUGCUGAAAGUGAAAAGCAACAGGUGUUGUCGCAGAAGGAGACAGAGAAAGCUGCCCUCUCAGAGGAGAUCGCGUCCUUACAGCAAGAUCUGGCCACAGCAGGCAUGGAAAUGGAACGUGUGCAGAGAGAGGCCUUCAGCAAACAGGAGCAGGACAAGAAUACUAUAGCUGUCAUGAAAUCUGAGUUGCAAGACUUGCAGAAUCGAUUUGAAGAGUCUCUGAACUCUCACCAGAGCGCCGAACUAAGUCUCCUGGAGCAGGUCCGAGAGAUGAACCAACAGAAGCAACAAGCUGAACAACAGCUUGAAGGUGUUCGUCAGCGCUUGCUGGAGACCGAGGACAACCUCGCUAAGAAGCAAAGAGAGCUGAUUGAGGCUCACAGAGAACUUCAGGGCUGUGCGCAGGAGCAAGACAAGCUACGAAGAGAAACGCUGGACCUGAAGCGGCUCCUGGGUGACGAGACCAGACAAAACGAGGCCAUCCAAGUCUCCAAUCAGGAGCUGAGAUCUUCCAUCAAAAGAGCAGAGAGUGACAACAGCAACGCGAGACGAACCCUCGCAGAGAAGGAACAAAAACUGUCUGUCUUGGAGGAAUGUCGGAGCUCGUUGCAUCUGGAGUUAAGCGUGCUGAGAGGCAGAACGAGAGAGCAGGAAAAGCUUCACCUGGAGGCACGCAGAGAGCUGCAGGAGCUGCGUAGACAGAUAAAGGUCCUUGAGGGUGAGAACAGCCGGCAGAGGCAGGAAGUGCUGGAGCUUCAGGCCCGGGUUGGUCAGGAGGAGCAGAAGGAGGAGGAGGCGCGCCAUGAGGCUUAUGCUCUCAAGCAUAGGCUGCUGGAGUGCGAGGCUGGCAAGGAAGCAGCGCUAAAUGAGGUUGCAGGUCUUCAGUGUCGUGUGCGAAAACUGGAAACAGCUGAGCAAGAGAGCCGAGAGUUGCUGCAGGAAAGAGAAGUCUGUCAACAGAAGUGUGACCAGAAGCACAGAGAAACCACCGCUCAGCUGGAGGCAGAGCUGGAGGACUCAAGGACCACAGUCAAAGAGCUCACUGUGAAGGUUGGUCUAGCUGAAACCAGAGCCCACCGCCUCAAGGAGGAGUUGUGUCUGAGUGGAGCCAAAUGCAGGGACCUGGAGCACCAUCUGGCAGCGCUGUAUGCAGGUCUGCGUUCCACUGUUGGCACCGACCAUCCGAGGUUUUCUGACAAACCAGGUUCACGGAGACGGCCUCUCUCUCCUUGUAGAGGACGCGUAUUUGUAAAAGGAAGUGAAAGCUCACCACUGGGAUCUGUGCAUCUUGGUGGAGAGAUGAAUGUGGAAUUCCUGCACAAUGCCUUGCUGGAAUUCCAGGAGGAGCUCAGGGAGACGCAGAGACAAAGGGAUGAAGCCAAGGCUCAGAUAGUCAAGCUGAGUCAAGAUGUGACUGAGCUCACGGGCACUCUGGAGAAGAACACCAUAAAGCUGCAGGAGCUGCAGAAGUCUUUAAAGCAAUCAGAGGAGGGAAAACAACAUUUGGCAGAAGAGUUGCAAAAGGCCAAUGCUUCCCUGUCUCUGCAGCAACAUGAAGCAAACUGUGCAGACUGGGAAAAGCGACGGCUUGAGGCUGAGGUGGCUCAGCUCAUGAUCAGUGUUCAGACUGCUCAGACUGAAUCGAGGACACUGCAGGACAAAUUGGACGUCUUGCGUGGUGCAGAAUGUUUUGCAGAGGCAGAAAAGCGGAGGUUCAAAGAGUCUCUGGACGCAGCAGAAAGUAGAGUGAGCCAUCUGGAGCUCUCCCAGUGCACCUGCGAGGGUGAGCUGCAGAGGGCCGGGCUGAGGGCAGCUGAGCUGGAUGCGGAGGUCGGGGCACUGCAGCAGAGACUCGCGGACUUGAGGAGGAAACUGGGUGAGAGUGAAGAUCGAUGCGCGGCACUGCAAGUCAGCAAGAAGAAAAUGUCCGUGUCACUGGCUCGAGCUGAGCAGCAUGAGAGUCAGCUCAGAGAGCAGGUUCACAAACUGUCAGACAUCCUCAGUGACAACCGGGCAAACAACGAGAGCCUGCAGGAGCAAAUAACACAGCUGCAGAGGGUCCUGACUACGAGCGAGCAGGACCGACGGCUGCUGCAGGAGCAUUUGGAUCAAACACGGGAUGCUCUUUCAGAGACCAAGAGGCUGAACCACGCACUCACACAACAGAGCCAGAACUUUCAAAGAGCCCAAGAGGACUCGGAUCUUAAAAUCUCAGAGCUGGAGAAACAUAGCAGGACCCUGAAGGAGAGCCUGAAGCAACAGCAGGAGGCUGAACUGAACGUUUCCCAGCAGCUGCAGAGAGAGAAGGAGGAAAUCCAAGAAAAGUUCAAAAGUCUGCAGAGCUUCUUGCAAACGCUGCGUGGUGAGAAGGCAGACACGGAGAAGAUCCUGAUGCGCCUCAGGAAGGACCGGUCUGCUCUUAGAAAGAGGCUGGAGAAGGUGGAGAUGGACAGGUUGAGACAGGAAGAGAAAGUGGCAUCUGUUACCAGAGGAAAUGCACAGCUGGAGGAGGCAGUCUGCAAUCUGCAGCAGGAGCUGACUGGAAAACAGGAAACGCUGGAGACUUUACAGGCCCAGAUCUCCCAGCUGGAGCACUCUCACGCACAGCACCUCCUGGAGGUGACGGCCCGUCACCGCCAGGAGCUGGACUCGGAGACGCAUCGUCUGAGGGACAGUCGGCUCCAAGCAGAGCAGGCCUUGGAGACCCGAGAGAGGGCUCAUCGCCAGAGGGUCCAAUGCCUGGAAGAGCAGGUGCUGACCCUCAAAGAGCAGCUUGAUCAAGAGGCAAGGAGACGGCAGGCGUAUUUCAAUCAGAUGCUGCAGCCCGGUGUGUAGGCAGUGAAGUAUGUGGCGCCUCUGCCUCCGUCCCUCACCGUCCUGCCAGCAGCGUCCUAACAACUGCAUGUUUCCAGCUACAGCCACACUUGGACACUCACAAACACACUCCUGAGGCAUGUGCACCCACCACGCACACGUGCACGCAGGACUAAAUAAAUCUGCAGGAACAACAAAUAAUAAGUGUUUUGUUUCUAGGCGAACUGGAUGUGCCAAAUUGUUUGAAGGAUUUCCUGCAGCUGGCGGGACUUUUAUAUCUGAUUAUGCUGACGCCAGGUCGCAUUGCCUCUUGUUUAAUGUUCUUAUGCCGGUUUUAUACUCAGCUGUUAUGAUCACGUCGCAGUUUUACGUCCUCUGUGUUGUAAAUGAUUACGUGUAUUUAUUAAUCAACAGUGAAACACUAAUGUAGGUGAACUGACUGUAGAUGUUAAAUUAAAUGAGAGAAUGGCUGAUAUGUGUGUGUGCUGCAUUUGUGAUCUGGAAUAAAACCAAGUGUAUUCACGCA